CUACCUAAAGAAUGAAAAGCUGGAUUGUACUGCUGGCUAUUGUAGUCAGCACAGCAGAAACACAAAGACAGGAYGUCUGCACCCAAGGGUAUCCUGGCAUCCCUGGCAAUCCUGGGCACAAUGGCAUACCGGGUCGUGAUGGACGUGACGGGUCAAAAGGCAACAAGGGAGAUACAGGUGAACCAGGAGUUCCAGGCAGUCCAGGAAAAGAUGGUACCAAUGGAGAGAAAGGCGAACGAGGUCAGGACGGGACUGUUGAAGAGAAGGGGAACAAAGGAGAUAAAGGAGAAAGAGGACCACCUGGGAAAUUUGGACCAAAAGGAUUUACAGGAUCAAUGGGUUACAAAGGCCAGAAGGGAGAGCUGGGACUGCAAGGACAAAAGGGGUUAAAAGGAGACAUUGGACCCAUAGGUCCAAAAGGGACAAAGGGUGAAAUUGGCCAUCCUGGAAGAGUUGGUUUCCCUGGRCCGAUUGGCCCAAUUGGUAAUCCAGGUCCUAAAGGUAAUACUGGAGGUAUAGGGCCACAGGGUAACCCAGGAGUUCAGGGGGAAAGAGGCUUGAAAGGAGACAGAGGAGAUAAGGGGAAUGUAGGUGCCCCAGGAAUCCUGCCAAGGAGUGCUUUCAGUGUUGGCCUUACAAGCACCACCAAGUUUCCCCCUCCRAACCGCCCUAUCAAGUUUGACAAGGUGCUGUACAACAGUCUGAAUGAUUUCAACUCAGCGACCGGCAAAUUCACCUGCAAGCACCCCGGUGUUUACUAUUUCACCUACCACAUCACUGUCUACUCAAGGAACGUGCGCGUAGCUCUCGUUAAGAACGGCAUCAAGAUGCUGCACACGAUGGACAGCUACCAGAGCGGAGAGGAUCAGGCGUCAGGAGCCGCCAUCCUCGAGCUGCAGGGAGGAGAUGAGGUGUGGCUGCAGGCCCACCAAGGAGAGGCUUUGAAUGGGCUGUUUGCAGAUGGUGAUGACGAUACCACCUUCUCUGGGUUCCUSCUGUUCAGCACCUCUGACUCACUGGAGCCGCUGCUGUAGCCCACCCUAU